AGCGCGAAGCCGCCGCACGCCUGUCCCCGCACCGCCACGCACCGCACAGCGCGCCGUGAGUGCCUCGGGACAGGGCGGAAAACACCGCGGGCGCGGAGGAUGCGGCGGGAGGGCGGGCCCCGCACCGUGACGCGCCGUCGCUGAGGCACGCCGAGGAUGAGGCUGCCCCUGGCGCUGCUGGCCCUGGCCGCCCUGGGGGCCGCCGGCGGCGGCGCCGCGGAUCAGGAGGCGGCGGAGGAGGCGCGGGCGGGGCGGUUCUCCACGCCGGAGCGGCACCGGUGCCGCUGGGAGCUGCGCUCGGCGGCGGGGGCCAGCGAGCUGCGGCUGAGCUGCCGGCCGGCGGGCGGCGGGGCUCCGCGGAGCUGCGCCUACCGCGGGGAGCCGCGGCGCUGCCCGGCCUUCGGCGCCCGCAGCCGGCAGUACUGGCGGCAGAUCCUGUCCCGGCUGCGGCGGCGGCACCACCCCUGCGCCCCGGGAGCGCCGCUCAGCGCCCGCCUCUGCGGCCCGGGCCGGGCGCCGCCCGAGGCGCAGCUGCGCCUGCUGCCCGACGCCGGCCCGGCCACGCCGGCCCCCGCCCCGGAGCCCCCCGAGGAGCCGGGGCAGACCUACUGCGCCGAGCGGUGGCACUCGCUGUGCAGCUUCUUCGUCGGCUUCUGGGAGGGCUGAGCCGCCCCGGCCCGCGGGAAGGAGCGCGGCCGUCCGGCCCCCGCACCCGGACGCUCCUGGCCUCGCCUGCCCUCAGCCACCGCCGCCAAUACCCCCGGACUCUGUCCGCUCUCUUCUUUUACUCCCCAAUAAAGCGGUAACUAUUUUGUGACAAGAA